CGAAGAAGGACAGACGACGACGACGACGACGACGAAGUUGCCUUUGACCAUUGCUCAUCCGUUCGUACGACAUCUUCUCUCAAACCACCUUCGCUGCCAGCAACCCAUCCUCCUCAUUACGCUUCUUGCCCUCACUGAAUUGAAUACUGGCGCGCAUAUAGCCAAUCCGUGGACAUGGCUGCAGCGACCGAGGCCAAUGGUCAGAGCGACAUCGUCGGCUCAUCCGGGAUCGUCGAGGGGAUCAAGGCAGUCUCCAUCGACACUUCCAAGCUCACACCUCUGAGCCCUGAGGUCAUCAGCAGGCAGGCAACGAUUAAUAUUGGCACCAUCGGUCACGUAGCUCACGGCAAGUCAACCGUCGUCAAAGCAAUCUCAGGCGUGCAGACUGUUCGUUUCAAGAAUGAACUCGUCCGAAACAUCACCAUCAAGCUUGGUUACGCUAAUGCAAAGAUCUACAAAUGCGACAACGACAGCUGUCCGAGACCGGGAUGCUACAAGUCGUUCCCUUCGAGCAAAGAGGAUCACCCGAAGUGCGAAAGGCCAGGCUGCAGUGGCACGAUGAAGCUGCUGCGUCACGUCUCCUUUGUCGACUGCCCAGGACACGACAUUCUCAUGGCUACCAUGCUUAACGGUGCUGCCGUCAUGGACGCAGCCUUGCUUCUCAUCGCCGGCAACGAAUCGUGCCCUCAACCUCAGACGUCAGAACAUCUCGCAGCAGUCGAGAUCAUGAAGCUCGAGCACAUCAUCAUUCUCCAGAACAAGGUCGACCUCAUCCGAAAGGAGCAGGCGGAGGAACAUUGGGGCAGUAUCACUCGCUUUGUCAAGGGCACCGUAGCAGACAAGGCGCCCAUUGUUCCCAUCUCUGCGCAGCUCAAGUACAACAUCGACGCCGUCAACGAGUAUCUCGUAAAGAAUGUCCCCGUACCGCCGCGAGACUUCACCGCCUCGCCGAGGAUGAUCGUCAUUCGAUCCUUUGACGUUAAUAAGCCUGGUGCAGAGAUUCAAGAUCUCAAGGGUGGUGUGGCUGGAGGGUCCAUCCUCUCUGGCGUCCUCAAGCUUGGCAUGGAAGUUGAGAUUCGACCGGGUAUCGUCACAAAGGACAACGAAGGCAAGAUCCACUGCCGCCCCAUCUUCUCCCGCAUCGCCACCCUAUACACAGAGCAGAACGACUUGCAGUUUGCCGUCCCUGGUGGACUCAUUGGCGUGGGCACAAAGGUCGACCCGACCCUCUGUCGAGCGGACAGGCUCGUCGGUCAGGUCUUGGGUGCCGUCGGUCAGCUGCCCAAGAUCUACACAGAGCUCGAGAUCAACUACUUCUUGUUGCGCAGGCUACUGGGUGUCAAGAGUGAUGGUGGCAAGCAGACAAAGGUUCAGAAGCUGGCGAAGAAUGAGGUCCUCAUGGUCAACAUUGGCUCGACUUCAACGGGAGGGCGUGUCAUCUCAGUCAAGGCAGACUUGGCAAAGAUCUACCUCACCUCGCCUGCAUGCACAGAGGUCGGCGAGAAGAUCGCUCUUAGCAGGAGAAUUGACAAGCAUUGGCGUCUCGUCGGGUGGGGCACCGUCAGGGCGGGGACCACCAUCGACGCAGAGAAGUGAGACGAGCUUAGUUGCCGCCGCUGCUUUAAAGCCUGUGUGUAUGCAGCUUCAGCGCUGACUAGCACGGCGGGGGAGCGUCUCUUAUCGCUGGUCUGUUGAAUGCACGAUCGAGGUCACACUGGGCUGGAUACGAAGCUGAGAAGACAAGCAGUGAUAAAUGAAAAGCAAGCGACUGAUCCUCUGAGGCGACAGUGAGAAAGAAUCUGACAACGUCCCAUGCCAGCUCAAUAGGCCACUGAGCGUUCCACCGUCACCUGGAUCUCCUUCUCGUCAUCAUGGCCUGACCAAGCAUACGACCCAAGGUGAGGCAGCUGCGCCGAUGCCGGAGGGGUCGAAAAAGCCUUUGUGUGGAGCUCGUAGCCCCUCUCGCUGUCAACCGGGCUGAGAUGGGUAUUGGAGAGAUC